CCAAAGUGUGUGGUAAGAGUAUCUCCUUACCUUCUUUAAAUUUAGCCCAGGAUCCUACUGCAACACAACAUGCAGCCUUGUCCCUCAUUUCUGCCCAUUCUCUCGUCCUACCUCAAGGUACUUCCGUGGUGUCUAUGGCUAUGUUUUCCCAAAUCCAUAAGGUCCUCCAUUUACCUCCGUCUAGAAAAGUGGUACGACGUUGGAGAAUGGAGUGUAUGGCAUCUUCCUUUCAGUCUGAUCCUCAAACACACUCAGGAUCGGCCCCCGGAGAUCGAGGCGAACAACAUCAAGUUCGUCCGCGAAAAUACGACUGUUCCUGUCCCCCGUAUUCUUAAAGGGACGAUAACGGGUCGGUCGACACGGCGGUCGCAUCUGCUUCCAACGGGUAAAAUUGUGGAUAUCCGAUCCCUCCGUUCUCCCCAAAAUUAUGGGGCGUCGUCUUGGUUCAGCUAG